AUGGAGCUCGUGCGAGUCACCGAGGCUGCAGCGCUCGCUGGAGGCAGCUGGCUCGGCAAGGGGGACAAGAAUGCAGCGGACCAGGCGGCAGUGGACAUGAUGCGCAAAGAGGCGCCGAUGCUGUAUUGCGGGGAGCAGAUUGGAACAGGACAGGAGCCAAUGGUGGACAUUGCUGUGGACCCGCUGGAUGGCACCACACUGGUCUCCCAGGGCCGCAAUGGAGCCAUCUCGGUCAUCGCUAUGGCGGAACGGGGGGCGCUGUUUGACCCCGGCCCGUGCAUGUACAUGGAGAAGCUGGCAGUGGGCCCGGAGGUGAACCCGCACAUGGUGUCGCUGCUGUACCCUGUCGAGCGCAACCUCAAGGCUGUCGCUGUGGCACUCAAUAAGCCUGUCAGAGAUGUUACGGUGUGCAUCUUGGACCGGCCGCGCCACGCGGACCUGAUUGCACAGUGCCGCCAGGCUGGCGCUCGCAUCCGCCUCCUCAGCGAUGGUGACGUGGCAGGUGCUAUCGAGGUUGCGAAGCAGGGGUCGCCCGUGGAUGUCAUGCUGGGCAUCGGUGGCACGCCAGAGGGCGUGAUCGCAGCGGCGGCGCUAAAGUGCAUGGGGGGCUCGCUGCAGGCGCGGCUGUGGCCGCGCAACGAGGAGGAGCGGCGCCGGGCGGAGGCGGCCGGCCUGGACAUCUCCGCCAUCCUGUACCAGGACGACCUGUGCAAGGGCGAGCAGGUGUUCUUUGCAGCGACCGGGGUGUCUGACGGGGACCUGCUGCGCGGCGUGCGCUAUUUCUCGGGCGGAGCUUCGACCAACUCCAUUGUCAUGCGCGCCUCUUCAGGCACAGUGCGCAUGAUUGAGACGCAUCACAAGUGGGCCAAGCCAUCCAUCACCAAUAUUGACAGUCUCAACUGAAGGGGCUGAGCUCGGUCUACUGUCUUAGAAAGGGGCUUCUCCUACAAAGCGUCAGAAGUGUUAGGCACAAUCUGAACCUCUGCAGAGAUGCAGAUGACAUCUUCUAGGGAAAGCUUUGUACAAUACUGAUCUCUAUGCAUGCCUCCAACAGCAACCACUUUUCUGAUUUAGGUGAUAUCAAUGUUGCUGCACACUGCAGCGUAACAAUUUUGGCAGCAAUGAUAGUCUAGUUUUAGGUGAAUGCAUGCGUGGCAGUGUUAGGUCAUCAGGUAAUUUUGAUGUGGUGCCCAAGCAAUGUGUAGGUGUCCAGUCAGAAUCUCAUCUGAGUCAGAAACUGACUCAUGAGGCAAGUUAGGCUUCUAUUUGACUGAAGCGUUUGUAUUUGCCAAGGUGGUGCUCAGUUUGGCCUCUGUCCUGUUCAGGCCGUUUGCGGCCCUGUCUACUGUGUUUUUAAUCAGUUUCUAGCUUUUGGUCACGGGGUCGUAAGAAUUGUGGCAAAUGUCCUGGACGAAGCAGAUUAACUCAACAAUUAGUAAGUCAAGACUGCAAGAUUGUGAAUGAUACAAUGGUAGAAUGCGCCCCGUGGCACAUGGAUAGGAUACACUGUUUGGAAUGUUUGAGAACCUUUCAGAAUGUUUGGCUCUUACAAUACUCCUCAUGACUUUGCUCUAGGAAAGAAUGAUAUUGUGA